AACCGUUUAAUCUGGAAGGAUGGAGGAAAAGGCUGAGCUUUUAACAUGCCUUGAGGAAAAAAUAGACAGUGGCAAGGCCACGAUAGACCGAUUGAAACUUGUCGUAAAGAUCGACGGGAUAGAAAAACUUAUACGAAAGAUUCAACAAGAAAUUAGAUUUUUAGAGAAGGUACAAUCUACAGGAAAUGUAAAAAAAGAACAUCUACAGAGUACAAAUUUGAUUCAUUUGAAUGCGAUUGUAGCGAGACUCUUUGGUGCUAAUCAACCUACCAAUAUUAUGAAACCUUUCAAGUAUCAAAAGUCACGCUUAGAAGUAGACAUCGUAUGCAAUAGUGGUGCAUCGUGGAUAAAGGUUAUUGCGAGAAAUGCUAGAGCUCUCACAAUGAUUUCGAUGGGUAACGGAGAAUAUGGACAAAAAUCUGUGCUUGAUCAAGCAACAAGCUACUUGGAAUGUGCAAAAUGUCACCCGCACUUGUAUAGGCCUCCUGAUGUUAUAUUCCAUUUUGCCUAUGGCAUAGAGACUCCGUUAGCAGCAUGUCUAGAACGUAUGGGAGUGAUUGUCGAAGGAGAUAAAAUACAGUGUGUAGAUGUAACAAAUGUAGAUAUACAUGAGAUAGAUAACGAGAGCAGAGUUUCUACUACAUGGAUGUAUUCGUUAGAACUUUCCGAAGAACAGGAACCUUUGGAUGAAUAUGAACAAAGUAUAAAUUCAGAUUUAAACACUCUAAAUACGUCUUUCCUUAAAACUGAAAUAAAGAUUCUUAACUUGGAUGUGUCAACUUUAUUAGCAUAUGUGACAAAUAUGACCAAUGGUUAUGAUUAUUUUAUUUACCGGGAACCAUUACUCACACAGCAAGCAGAGAUGGAGAGAAAGAGUCCAGUGAAACCAGUUUUAGAGAAUUUAUUCAAAGGCAAAGAAUUGAUUGUUUGUCAAACCGCUUAUGAAAAUUUUAUGAAUAUUAUAGAUGUUAUCGGUGGACCCAAAGAGACUGUUAGAGCAAAAGAGUUAUUGAACAAAGUUCGAAUUGUUAACAAUGUGACAACAGGCAGAAUAAUGGAGAAGUUAAGUUUGGGUGGUAAAAUUAAAGAUAGAUCUAGAUUAGUUUUUGCAACAGGGGAAGAUACAAAAAGUAUUACGGUGUCUGCAAAUGAGGGAUUUGUUAGAGCAGCACGUAUGCAGGGUAUUGAGUGUACAGUCUUUUUGCAUGAACCUAGAUCUCUUUCAGAGAUAAAAGAACGUUAUGCAACAAAAAUAGACACAUCGUGACACCAGCAAAAUACAUUUUAGAUUAUUACAAAAGAAAUAUUCGUACUACAUAAGAAAUAUUUCUAUUGUUUACCGUGAGAGAGCAUU